AUGCAGCUGCAUGACUUGUUUUCAACCUGUCUAAGGUCUCCACACCACCACACUGCUGCGCUCCUCCAAUGGCUUCCUGUAGUUGCACACAUCAGAUUCAAAACACUGAUGCUUGCCUACAAAGCCCUCAUCACUCCUCACAGUGCACCUCACACCCUCAGAUCUACAGCACUGCUCCACUGGUCCCACCAUCUCUCAGGUAGUCAUCCAAGUUCAUCGUCCUCCCAAGAAGCUAAUCCGUGUGGUUCUGCUUCCAGUGAUCCCGUAAGACCGGACCACAAAAUUAUGUCUUCUCAGAACUCGGACACCUACCAAGGACUGGACGACAUGCUGAGACAGGAGUUGCUACAGACACCGGGACAACCGUUGCACCCCCAGAUCCCCACGAAGAACAGUGCUACUGUCGUCACGGUUCCCAUGGCCAAACCCACGCCCUACUCCGGAGUCGCGGAAGAAUGUAAGGGAUUUCUCCUCCAGUGUUCAUUGAUCUUUGAAAUGCAACCGUCUCAUUUUCCCAGAGAUCGCAGCAAGAUUUCCUUUAUCAUCUCAUUACUCACGGAAAAGCGCUCCGGUGGGCCGAGUCCAUCUGGCAUCAAGACGGAUCCUUUUUAUAUUCCAUCAAGGAAUAUGCAGUUUCGCACGCUAGCGGCAGCUAGCGGUUGGGAUGAGCGAGCGCUUCUAACAACUUACCGUAAUGGCUUAAAACCAGAACUACUUCUUCAAUUAUCAGCCUUCGAUGACACCAUGGGGUUGGAGAAUUUUAUCCAACGAGCCGUUCGAACGGAAAGUCGUAUGUUAUCAUGCACCCCAAAUGUUCUUCCACAGACUCACCUAUCAGAACCGCCUUCUCCAGGGCCCUAGCAGAACGUCUAGCAGAACAGAACAACAGAACGUCAUCGAUGGCUGACCCAGGGUCUCUGCCUGUACUGUGCGAGCAAGGGACAUUCCAUUGGUGACUGUCCCAUCCGCCCUCCGAGGGCAUUGGUGAGUAUGGUUCAACCUGAACCCCACAUUACCACUCCACUUUCCACCAAAGUUCAGUUAUCUCGUCCCAAUCUAUCCGUUACAGUGUCCGCCUUUCUCGACUCGGGGACAGCCGGGAACUUCAUUUCCGCCCAGCUCUGCACCCGACUCAACAUUAUGAGGGAACGGAUACCCCAGAAACUAAAGGUCCAUACAGUGACUGGCAAACCACUCAACCAGUCCUCCAUCCAACACUGCACCGGUGAACUCACACUGACCGUGGGGUGCCUUCAUCAGGAGAAGAUCAAACUUCUGGUCCUGGAGAACUUGACGGCCGAGGUGAUCUUGGGAAGACCCUGGCUGAUGCAGCAUCAUCCGGAGCUCUCUUGGGACACUGGUGAAGUGAAACGUUGGAGUGACCAUUGUUUUCUUUGCUGCUUUCAGAAAAUCCCUAAACCUUGUCGUCCUCCUAAGCCACUGAAGGUAUGCAGCACCUCUAUUGAAAGCCCUAAGAAUACUGUGUCUGUCUCUAUCCCACCAGAAUACGUCGCCUUCAAAGAUGUCUUUUGUCCCAAGAGAGCGUCAAAACUCCCGCCUCGCCGGCCUUGGGACUGUGCCAUUGACCUCCUUCCGGGUGAACCAGUGCCUAAAGGAAAAGUCUAUUCCUUGACGAUCCCCGAACAAGAGGCCAUGAACAAGUACAUCAGAGAAGCCCUGGCUCAAGGAUAUAUACGACCGUCAACUUCCCCUGCUGCAUCAUCCUUCUUCUUCGUCUCCAAAAAAGAUGGUGGGUUAUGACCCUGUAUUGAUUAUAGAGGGCUGAACCAAAUUACCAAAUAAUUCCGCUAUAAUUCCAUCGGCUCUCGAACAGCUCCGAGGUGCCAAAAUCUUCACCAAACUCGAUCUUCGCUGUGCAUACAACCUUAUACGUAUCCGGAAAGGAGAUGAGUGGAAGACCGCUUUUGUGACCCCUACUGGCCACUGGGAAUAUUUGGUCAUGCCGUAUGGCCUGGUUAACGCUCCGUCCGUCUUCCAGGACUUUAUGCACACCAUUUUCCGAGACCUGCUGAACCGGUACGUGAUGAUAUACACUGAAUGGAUACAGGAAUGGAGGCAUUGGCUUGAAGGCGCCCGGCAUCCCUUUACAGUGCUGACGGACCAUAAGAACCUCCAGUAUCUCCGGGAAGCUAAGCGGAAGAACGCCAGACAAGCCAGAUGGGCCCUAUUCUUUACUCGCUUUGAUUUCAUUAUUGCUUACCGUCCAAGACACAAAAAUUGCAAAGCUGACUCUUUGUCGAGAAUGCUUUCUCCCGAAAAUGACCACACGCCUCCCGAAACCAUUCUGCCGGCCAAGAUCUUCGUCUGUCCCAUCAAGUGGAGCGAGGAGGACACGAUCCCGAACACAACACCUGUACCACCGGGCUGCCCAGAAGGUCACAUGUAUGUACCAUUGUCUCAUCGUGUUCCUUUAAUCACUAAGGCACAUACUUCUCUAGGCACUGGUCAUCCCGGCAUACAACAAACUCUCUCACUGCUGAAACAUCGCUUCUGGUGGCCCAGCAUGGCUCCGGUCAUCAGAAGGUUCGUGAGGGGGUGUAAGGAUUGUGCUAUAGCAAAGACACCACGCCAGCUUCCCAGUGGAAAACUCCACCCGUUACCCAUUCCUCAUGGUCCCUGGUCGCAUCUGGGAGUGGACUUCACUACGGACCUCCCAGCCUCACAAGGUAACACCCGCAUUUUUGUGGUAGUCGAUCGCUUCUCUAAGAUGUUAAGACUCAUACCCCUUAAGAGUUUGCCCACAGCCAUGGAAAGUGCAGAGCUGUUAUUUCAGCACAUAUUUCGGUAUUUCGACCUGCCUGAAGACAUUGUGUCUGACAGAGGUCCGCAGUUUGUUUCCAGGGUCUGGAAAUCGUUCUUCAAGCUCCUAGAUGUGACCGUCAGUCUCUCCUCAGGUUAUCACCCACAGUCCAACAGCCAAACUGAACGAAAGAUACAGGAGAGUAACCAUUUCCUCUGAACCUUCUGCCAUCAUCACCAGAACUCUUGGAGCCAGUUUCUCCCGUGGGCCGAGUACGCACAGAAUUCUCUACGUCAGCAGACCACCGGCCUAACACCGUUUCAGUGCGUGCUCGGCUAUCAACCUCCCUUGUUCCCCUGGACAGAAGAGCCCUCAGAAGUCCCGUCUGUCCAGCACUGGUUCCAGGAGAGCGAGAGAGUUUGGAACAUCAUCACCUGCAGUGGGCUGUCAGGCGCCAGCAACAGCAUGUUCGUCAUGCCCCGACACCCAACAUCAAGGUCGGGGACAGGGUCUGGCUGUCCACAAAGAAUAUCCGCCUACGCCUACCCUGCAAAAGGCUGAGUCCCCGAUUUAUUGGCCCGUUUGUCGUCGUGAAGGAGGUCAAUCCGGUAACCUUUGAGCUCCAACUCCCCUCGCACUACCGGAAUCACCCAGUGUUCCACGUCUCUUCACUUAAAAUGUACCACUCACCUGUCUCUCCUUCUCCCCUCACAGGACCUGGCGAAGAAGCCCCCCCUCUCGAAGAAGAUCACGCCGUGUACACUGUCCGGCAACUCCUGGACUCCAGGCGCCGAGGUGGCAGGUUAGAGUAUCUCGUUGAUUGGGAGGGGUUUGGCCCAGAGGAACGUUCAUGAGUCCCCAAGGAUGACAUCUUGGACCCCGAACUCCUUCGUGACUUCCACAAUGCCCACCCCAACAAGCCCGCACCCCGAAGUAGAGGCCACCCACCUCGGCGCCGGAGUUUGCAGCGGUCCUCAGGAGCGGACCCUCGGGGGUCAUGGAAUCGCCAGGGUCUCCCCUCACUCAGCAAACCAGAUCCUCAUCACCUGAGUUCUGAUCACCGUUAUCUGGCACCCAUCAUUACCACCACACAUAAAAGACACACACACACCUUGUCCGGUCUCAUACGCGCUAACUGCUAUUGCACGCUGUGUCUACUAACCUGACUCUUUAUCUCUCUUUAUGCAGUAGUCAUCCAAGUUCAUCGUCCUCCCAAGAAGCUAAUCCGUGUGGUUCUGCUUCCAGUGAUCCCGUGUGUGUGUUGGAGCUUCAUCUGCACUGUUUCACCAUCGUUCACCUCAUUUCACUACCUAUUGUCAAUAAACUCUGUUGUUUUGACGUACCUCUGUCUUCUGGCUGUGACAGUAUUAGGUUUAUAAUUAAUAAUUGAAAUGACUUUUUUUUUAAGAAUUUUUAGAAUUUAUUUUAUGCCUUAUUUGUAGACACUGCUAGAAUUUGUGAAUUUCCUACAUCGAUAAAUAAAGUAUUCAAGUCAA